ACCAGAAUGGCGGCUCUUUUGGAAUCGCUGCUGCAGAAGGAAGUGGAAGCUAUCAAGGCCGUCGAAUGGCUAAAACACGACGGGGACAGUGACAGCUUGGCAUGGUGUAAGCCACUGAAGAUUGAAAGACAGGAGUUUGUUCCUUUCCUGUUGAACUUCCUGCGAGAGCAGAGCUGCUCCGCCCUCACCCAUGGCCCUGCCACACCCGCCAAGACCCCCAGCCACCCCAGGGUCUCCCAGCCCUCUCAGCAGGGGCCAGGCUUCUCCAGUGAGCGUAGGGGGGGCUGCAGAUCUACCGGACCUGGAACCGGUCCUCGUAGCGCCAGCCGUGUACAGCUAUUCUCCUCCACUCCCUCCCUGUCCCCUGGGGCUGAGUGGGAUGCUACCCACCCCCCAUCUGGCUCCCACUGCCUGGGUGAGAUCAGUGCCCUCAGUAGUCCUUCCUUCAGCUCAGCCAGGAGCCCUGCUCCAGCCUCCACCUCCAGGCACACUCCCUCAGAGCGCCGCUCCGACCAGAGAGCCAGUUUGGGGGAUUUCAUGCCGUCACCUCCAGAGCUCCAGCACCAACACAGUCUCAGCCUGGGGGUCCAGCAGCCGCGGGGCCGCAGGAGGAGUGCCGGGAUGGGAAGGCAGGGUGGGGCCAGGAAGAUCUGA